AAUACUCUCUAAGACUCUAACUCUUCAAAGUUCAAACUCUUCUCGUAUUCUUCAACCUUCAUAGUCCAUACAGCCUUCGACUUUCAAGCUUCAACUCCACAUUUUCUCUUUAGUCUUUAACAUUAUCUCAGACUUAGAUUUUAGCCUCACCAAGUCACCAUUGCGUCCACUUAGCCCUUUCUUUCUUUCUCCUUCGAGUUUGACAAGUGCUUUCUUUGUCACCAACUUUUCUCUCUAAAGCCUUUAAGUAUUACGAAAACAAGUUGAGGUGAUGAGUUACAGAGCUUUUAACUGGUUAUGGAUAAUUUUUCCUUUCUUUUUGUGUGGAAAGAAUCGAAAGACAAACGGAGGAUAUAAGAAAAUGAGGGUUUUUGUGGUUUGAGUAUAAAGAGAGUGCUAUAUCAAAAUUCAAUAGAUCCUCUGCAUUUUUGCUCAUCUUUCUAGGGUCUCUGAACAUCUCCCUUCUUUGAUUCCUUCCUUUUUUCCCAAGAAUUUUCUAGGGUGGUUGCUGUUUGGUUUCCCAUCAGAUUUAGGAUUUUUUUUUUUUUUUUAUAUAUUUUUGUUCAUCCUCCUUCCUUUGCACCUGGAAAGAUGAAACUUUUCUCUGGGAUUAUAGGCUGCUAUUAUUGAUUUCUUCUAAAUUUAAUUUCUUUGCACAAAGGCUGAUAACUUGUUUUCUUUCCCAGAAAAUUUAGGCAAUUAUCUUUUUGGAUUUUCCUUCUUUUUCUCUUUCUCUUGAGAUUUUAAAACCUUCAUCAUGGGCUGCCCUUAUUAAUAUCUUCAAAUUUUGUAAUUUUUCUUUGCAAAGGUUGAAACUUUAGCGAUGACUACACACUGCGUAGCUACUCAAUAUAUAUCUGGGGACUUUGCUCAAUUUUAGUGAGUAUUUGGGCCAUUUUUUCAAAAAAAUAAAGUAAAAAAAUUGAUUCUCCGGUGAAGUUGCCGAUUAACGUGGCUCUAAUGAUGAAGUAAGAAGAUGGUGAGAGGAAAAAUUGUGAUGAAAAAGAUCGCGAAUGCAGCAAACAGACUAGUGAUCUUCUCCAAGCGUCGCCUGUUCCCUGUGAUGUUGAUGUUGUAGUUAUCAUCCUCUCACAAAAAGGAAGACUUUAUGAGUUCUCAAGCUCCGUGUAUGUUCUUUUUAAUUAUACUAAACAAAGUUCUUCAAU